GCAGUGACAUUUUUACCAAAAAGAGAUGGCAGAAGAGAAGAUGAUUAGACCUGUUAGCAACUCAAUGAUCAAUAAUGGGAAUGAACUAAACAGCUGCUCCAUAAACUCGAUCUCUGGAUCAGUGAUUGAAGAAGCUUUUCCUAUGAAUGGAGGAGAUGGCCAAUACAGCUAUGGUAAAAACUCCAAUCGUCAGAGGAAGGCAGCUGACAAUGUCAAGGCAAUGCUGGUUGAGGCCAUUCUUGAAAACCUUCAGAUUGGUAAUCUGUGUAGUACUACCAAGUCAAACUCAUUCUGUAUUGCUGAUUUUGGUUGUUCCGUUGGUCCAAACACAUUCAUUGCAGUCAAUAAUAUCAUAGAAACCGUAACACAAAAAUUCGAGAUCGAAGGCCAAUCUUCACUUCUCCCAGAAUUCCAUGUAUACUUCAAUGACCAUGUUUCAAACGACUUCAAUAUACUCUUGUCAAACCUUCCCCAGAAUCAGCAAUACUAUGCAGCCGGAGUUCCAGGUUCAUUUCAUGGAAAACUGUUUCCUAAGGCCUCCCUCAAUUUUGCUUACUCUGCCUAUUCUGUUUUGUGGCUUUCUAAGGCACCACAGACAUGUAAUAAGGGGAGGAUUUAUUAUUCUCAUUCACCUAAAGAAGUCAGUGAGGCAUAUUCAUUUCAGUUUGCAAAUGACUUUAAGUCUUUUCUCGAUGCUAGAGCACAAGAAGUUGUUCCGGGAGGACUAAUGGUGCUUCUCAUAUCUGGCCGGCCAGAUGGGACACUUCCUCAACAAUAUUCCCUUGGUCCCCUUUACGACCCUGUCGAAUCUUGCCUUCUUGAUAUGGUUGAUGAGGGCUUAUUAAGCGUAGAUAAGAUCGACUCUUUCAACAUGCUAACUUAUAGUCCAUCAAUGGAGGAGGUACGUAUGGUGUUACUGGAAAAUGGGUGUUUUGAGAUUGCAAGAUUAGAAGAGCAACCUCCAAUGUCCGUUCCUUUGAAUACAACGCAAGAGCUUAGAGCUGGCAUGGAGAGCAUUAUCACAAAACAUUUCGGUUGCGACAUUGUAGAGCCGCUUUUUGAUCGAUACUCGAAGAAAAUUGCUGCACAGUCGCGUCCGCCCCUCACUGCUAAGGAUGGCUUGGCUGUUGGAUUAUUCAUCCUUCUCAAGCGCAGAAAGUAAUUUGGAAGUCUAGCUACAAUAAUGCAUGUUAAUGGCAUGCGCUCUUGUUCUAUUUUUGUUUUUUUAUUUUGUAUGUUCUGUCGAAUAUUUUUGAACUAAUGCAUAUUCUGUGAAGC